GAAUUUAUUUCAACUUUUCAAUAUAUUUUGCAUUUCAAAUUUAUAUACAUUUUUCUUCUAAAUUGUACCUAAUGGCUAUCAGUAUUGCAAUAGUUUCAAAAAUUAAUUUCAUAUAAGUAAUGAACAACUUCAAUGGUAUCUAUGGAAUAGGUGAAAUCAAUGGCAAUUCUGUAGACAUGGACCAACAAGACUCUCAGGAGGAUCCUCCAGUCAGUCAAACUCUGUCCCUCACAAGUUUUUUGUUUGGAAAUAUUGAUGACCGAGGACAGCUUGAAGGAGAUGUGUUUGAUGAUGAUGUAAAGAAGCAACUUGCAUCUCUGUCACGCCUUGGCUUGGGUUCUCUUCUCCGCCAAGUCACAAAUGACAGCAAUGACGAGGAAGACAGUGAUGAUGAUGAAGAAGAGGAGCUGGAUGAUGAUGAUGUGCUGGAGAAGAGUCCUAAUGCCAUUGAUUAUUCUGACAUAAAUGAAGUACUGGAAGAGGACUAUGUCCCGUCUCAAAUCAGUGGAGUGAGCACGAGUAACUUGACUCUCCUAACAUCCCAACCUCCUGCAUCAGAAGAGGACUAUGAUGAUGGUGAAGAUGGUGAUCAGUCCAUGUAUGACUUGGGAGCUGCUCAUGAUGACAACGCUGGCAGUGGCUCUGUCGAUGCCGAGACUCCUGUCGUCUCUGAAAUGGAACCUUUAGAUGCCAAUGCAGGAGUAGUGCAUAUGAAUGGCAUGCAUGAAAUGGAGGAUGAAGAUAAUGAUGGUAUGAACACCAUCAAGACUGAUGUGGAGCUCAUGCCUCCACCUCCUCCCCCUACUCAUGGUGGUAAUGGUGAAGAGGUUUCUGAUGAUAAGGAAGUCAAUAGUGAAGGCAAGCUUGUAACACCUCUCGCUGCCAUGCGUCCCUCCAAGUACGCUCAUGUUGAUGUUGCAGAACUCUUCCCUGGUUUCAAGGCUGACAAGGUGCUACGAUUUUCUAGACUAUUUGGACCGAAUAAAAACACCAUUCCAGCUUCCCGGUCUAUUUGGAAGCACAUCAAAAGAAAGAAAAAGAGAAGGAACGCCGUGGAGACGCCCUUUGAAGGCUUGACGCCGUCAGGAGAUGGGCGAGAAGACCUGGGCUAUGGUGACCAGGAGGAGGAUUUUGUUCUCAAGUUCCCCCCAGCUCCUUAUAUUGAACGCACUGAGUCUGAGGAGCGUUACGCCUCCCCACUAAACACCCGCCCCAAGAACUCGAGCUCGCGGCGUGGUGCUAAGGACAGCCAGGGUGGCGGUGAAGCGUCCGAGGACGACGCGGCCAACAGACGCCAGAGUAACAAGCCCAAGGCCAGUGAUUGGCGCUAUGGUCCCGCCCAGCUCUGGUACGACAUGAUCGACGUGCCUGCUGUCGUCGAGAACUUUGACUAUGGCUUUAAAGUCAAGAACGCACCAGUCAAAAAAGAUCCCAGCGAUGGAGGCAACGAGUCAGCAAAACGUCUUCUGCUGCCGACCGCUGACCACAAGACCGAGGAACAUGACGUGAAGCUGACAGCAUCUUCACAUGCUGAUUUUGAUAACAAGUACUACGAUGCUGACGAGGACAAUGAUGAUGAUGAUAUUCCUGAUGAUGCCUUCCAUAUGAUCACGCAGUACAACUGGGAAGAUGAUAUCAUAUGGAACGGGGACGAUCUCAAGCACAAGAUCCAACAGAAGCGGAAGAACAUGGCUGCUGGCUGGGUACCGAGCUCCUACAACCGCACAGCGCAGGCCUUCAGCCAACCCGGCGGCAGCGGCGGUGCUGUAGGCGCUGCAGGCGCUCGGCAAGGGGCGCAGGCUUUUGUGCCGCCCGUCCCCCAGCCUCCUGCUGCUUCUAAAGCCAAGUCUGGCGGCAACAACGGGGAAGACGAUACAUGGUACUCGAUCUUCCCAGUUGAGAACGAGGACUUGGUCUACUCGCGCUGGGAGGACAACAUCAUUUGGGACCCUGAUAACAUGGACAAGAUACCAGAGCCCCCAAUACUGACCCUGGACCCUAAUGACGAGAACAUAAUUCUAGGUAUUCCUGAGGAUAUUGAUCCUGCCACUCUGAACCAAGAGGAAGCGCCGGUCAAGGUUAAAAUCCCUCACCCCCACGUGAAGAAAUCUAAAAUUUUGUUGGGUAAGGCUGGCGUCAUCACGACCAUUGAGGAAGAGUCUCCUCCGCCGCCGCCCAAGAGUCCUGACAAAGAUCCUUUCAACCUGAGCAACGACGAGUACUAUUCUGCCAAAGGCCAAGAUCAGAUCAUCAAGAUCAGUAUGGCUGGUGGGCUGCUUCAGCACUCAACACCAAUUGUGGAGCUACAGGCGCCCUUCAUCCCAACUUACAUGGGCGAGAAGAAGCUACGUCAUUUCCAUCGUCCGCCGCUGAAGCGCUUCAGUCACGGUGUUUUAUCUAGCCCUGGGUCUCACUCUGUCCACUCACUUGCCAAGGAGAUCAAAAAGAAAGAGAAACAGCGCGAUCAAGAACGUCUUGCCUCUGGUGGCGGUGACGUGUUCUUCAUGCGCACGCCUGAUGAUCUCACUGGCAAGGACGGGGACCUGAUCUUGGUGGAGUAUGUAGAAGAGAACCCGCCUCUGCUCUCGUAUACGGGGAUGUGCACACGCAUUAAGAACUAUUACAAGCGAAGGGCUUGUAAUGACAAAGGCCCUCCUGAAUAUCGCUUUGGAGAGACGGCGUACGCUCACACCUCUCCCUUCCUAGGUUCCAUGCAUCCAGGCCAAAGCAUUCAAACUCUCGAGAACAACAUGUACAGAGCUCCACUUUAUGAACAUAAAAUGCCCCCUACUGACUUCAUAGUAAUUCGAACUCGCAAUGGAUACAGCAUUCGUGAGGCAGAAGCCCUCUUCUGCAGCGGCCAGGAAUGUCCUCUCUAUGAAGUGCCAGGACCUAAUAGCAAAAGUGCCAAUAACUACGUGAGAGAUUUCCUUCAGGUUUUCAUCUAUAGACUCUUCUGGAAAAGCAGGGAUGAACCAAGGCGCAUCAAGAUGGACGAAAUUAAAAGGGCUUUUCCAACUCACUCGGAAAGCUCGAUCAGGAAGCGCCUGAAGCCUUGUGCAGAUUUUAAGAGAACUGGUGUUGACAGCAACUGGUGGGUGAUAAAGCCUGAAUUUCGCUUGCCUACAGAGGAAGAAAUUCGUGCUAUGGUGUCUCCUGAACAGUGCUGUGCUUUUGGCAGCAUGUUGGCAGCGGAACAGCGGCUCAAAGAUGCUGGAUAUGGCGACAAAUUUUUGUCAGCUCUCGAGGACGACAACGAAGAUGACACGCAGAAGCUGGACGAUGAAGUCAAAGUUGCUCCGUGGCACACGACGCGCGCUUACAUUCAUGCUGUCAAGGGCAAAUGUCUUCUGCAGCUCACCGGUCCUGCCGACCCUACAGGCUGCGGCGAGGGCUUUUCCUACAUCCGAAUACCUAACAAACCCACACAAAACAAAGAAGAACAGGAACAACAACCCAAGAGAAUCGUGACAGGCACUGAUGCUGAUCUCCGUAGAUUGUCUCUGAAUAACGCCAAGGGUUUGCUCAAGGAAUAUGGUGUACCAGACGAAGAAAUCAAGAAGCUGUCUCGAUGGGAGGUCAUUGACGUCGUGCGCACUCUCAGCACAGAGAAAGCCAAGGCUGGAGAAGAAGGCAUGAAUAAAUUCUCUCGAGGGAACCGUUUCUCCAUCGCCGAGCAUCAGGAGCGAUACAAGGAGGAGUGCCAACGAAUCUUUGACUUACAGAACCGCGUGCUGGCCUCGGAAGAAGUGCUAUCUACUGACGAAGGCAGCAGCGAGGAAGAGGAUAACGACUCGGACAUGGAAGAGAAAGGCAAAUAUAUCGAAAAUAUUCUGGCGAAUAAGAAGACGUCGUCUCAGAUGAGUCUGGAAAAGGAAGAACAGGAGAGAAAGGAGCUGCAGAAAAUGAUGAUGAGUGAAGAGGAUAGAGCGUUGGAGAAGAAGAAGCAAAACAAGAAGGAAGAGGAUGACAAUUCCAGAUACGGUUUCGGCACACCUGGUCGCGUGCUGAAAAUCACUCGCACGUUCCGGAGCGCGGACGGGCGCGAGUAUCAGCGCGUGGAGAUCGUCCGCAAGACGGCCUUCAUCGACACCUACGUCAAGAUCCGCACCACGAAGGACGAGACCUUCAUUAAAGACUUCGUCGGCCAACUGGAUGACGUGCAAAAGGAAGAAAUGAAGCGAGAGCGUCGCCGCCUACAGGAGCAACUGCGGCGCAUCAAACGCAACCAGGAGAAGGCUGCCAGGGGCAUCGUCACGCCUCCUCGUCCUAAGAAACCUAAACUUAAGAAAUGGCUGCUUAGUUGCGAUUCAUGUCCUAAGGUGGGCCACAUGCGCACCAACAAAGCGUGUCCGCUGUACACGGGCCCGGGGGGCGGGGGUGCCGACGGGGUCUCUGUCAUCGGCUCCACGGGCAAUUCUAUGAUGGACUCCCUGCCUGGUGCGAGCAACUACGGCGACUCUGAUGUCAAGAAGAAGAUGAGUCUUGACGACUCCCUGGACGAUGCGGACCGAGGCGCUGGCUUCGACGACUCUGAUGAACUCAUCAAUGUUGAUGGCACCAAAAUAAAGUUGUCUUCUAAAGUUAUGAAGCACGCGGAGGAGUUGAAGCGUCGGUCUCAGGGCUCCCGGUCCCGAGGACGCGACAGUCUCUCCAGCGACUUUGGUGCAGUAGGCGGGCGAGGCUCCAAGAGGCGACGUGCAGGCACCGUCGUGCACUGCGAUUACCUCAAGAGGAAACACAAGAGCGUCAACAGGCGCAGGAUAGACCCCGUCAUCACGCUCUCCACCAUCCUUGAGGACAUUCUUAACCAAAUGAGAGAGAUGCCUGAUGCCCAGCCGUUCAUCAGACCUGUUAAUCCAAAGCUGGUACCCGACUACUACAACCUGGUGGAGGCGCCAAUGGACCUCUCGACAAUGCGAGAGAACCUCCGUCAGCGCAAGUACCAAAGUCGAGAGGAGUUCCUCUCUGACGUCUCGCAGAUCGUGGAGAACAGCAAGAAGUACAACGGUGAGGCCAGCACCCUCACCGUCACCGCGGGGCGCAUGCUCGAGCUCUGCAUUACCAAGUUUGCUGAGCAGGAGGACAGACUAAUGAGGCUUGAGAAGGCCAUCAACCCCCUGCUUGAUGAUGACGAUCAGGUGGCGUUUGACUUCAUCCUGGACAACAUCGUACAGAAGAAGAUCGUCACCACCAACGAUUCCUGGCCUUUCAUGAAGCCCGUGAGCAAGAAGAACGUUAAGGAUUACUACGACAUCAUCCAAAACCCCAUGGACCUGUCAACGGUUAUCAAGAAAGUCAAGAAUCACAAGUACCACAGCCGCGCGGAGUUCAUCACGGACUUCCAACUCAUCCACGAGAACAGCCAAGUGUACAACGGUCCUGACUCGUCCUACUCCAAGAAGGCCGAGGCGCUCCUACAGAUUGUCACCGAAAGUCUAGAUGAAUACGGGGACCACCUGUCUGAGCUGGAGGGCAAGAUGGCGCUGGCCCGUGAGCGGAUCGCUGAGCAGACCGAGGCAGACUCGCUCGUGUCGGGCGAGGAGGACGAGCUCCAUGGGGCGGACGGUUCAUCUAUAGGGCCUGCGCCUGAGCGCUACAGCGACGAUGAUGGAGGGGCUGAGCCUCGAGACGACAAGCGCGGCGUCGCUGAGGCGAUGAUGGCGCUGUCGUCCUCCUCGUCCUACCGCCCCCCCUACCCUGAGACAGAGGACAGCAAAAGCGGCAUCACGCUGCUCACGAACUACGACGCUUCCGCUGCCCCUCCAUCCACCAGCUCAGAGCUCCUCGGCACCGCCACCGUCAAGCAGGAACCCGUCGACGUCGAGUCAGCAUACCCCAUGGACACAGCAUCCUUCAUGCCAACGCCAAACUACGACUCCUUCGAGCAAGAUGUCAAGCCCGUCAUCAUUCCUGGCGGUGGGUUGCGUUUCGGUGCCCCCGGCUACCUUCCGACGGCCUUCAAGAGAAGUCCAAGUUUCCGCGACGACGGCAGAGGAUAUCAAGACUCCGAUCCCAUCUAUCCUGAUGGUGGACCAUCUUUCCCAGAGGAUUCCUUGGUAUCUUCGUUCUCUGGUGACAUCCCUGGACCGUCGUUCCCUGACGAUGCCUCCAUCCCGAUGGAUGAGGGGACCACACCCAGUGAUCCUGAUUUUCCCACAGGAGAUAACUUCGCUAUUAGGUUGCCUCUACCACCGGCUACCAUGGGGAAUGCUGAUGCAAGUGAUAACUUCCUAGGACCGCCGUCUGAUAUUCCCCAGUCUGAUAGAGGGGAGCAGCAACAACAGGCAGGUUUCUCGGCCAUCGCAGGCGACCUCGACAUCAGCGAUUCUGACGAUGAAGCUGACAUGGAGGAAGUGCCUCCCGCCGAAGACGUCUCUGCUGCUGACGACAUGAUAUUCUAGUGCACUUCAAGCGGAGGCAACCACGCACCCACCGAACAAUUGUGCUCAUUUAUACAAGGGUAACAGUGACAAGUGCUACACGAAAAAAAAGCAGCUGACAAUUGUUGUUGUUGAGUUGGCCUGGGUUCUGUCACAUCAUGCAUGACCACCACAACAACUGCACUGAUGAUACCUGUGACAAAUUGCAACUUUGGUGUCGUCAGUUUUGUAGCGCUGAAUGAAUUUUAAGUUUCAAUUUGAGUACGUGGCCCCUGAAUCUCGAGUUGUCGGGAAGCAAUGUUCAGGCCGUCGGUAGCAUGCGUGAUAACUUUAUAUUUUAGGCUUAAUUUCAUAAAUUUGUAUAAAGGAAAACUAAAAAAUUUAAUACUAGGGGAA